CGAAGGAAAGAAACUGCCGGCUUUCAAAAUCCUCCUCCUCCGCCAUCAUCCGCUGCUGUGUGGGGAGCAGGUGGUGUGGGAGACGUGAGUGGCUAGAAGCUGUGGGAGAGCGGACAGACGUGCGGGCUGGACAUCGAGCCUCCAGGACUUAGAGACGGCGACCCCGACCUGACCUGACCCGGACCCUAAAUCGCUCCCGGCCCUGCCGGGCUGAGGCGCGCGCUCGGGUCGCCCCACGCGGCGGCUCCGCCUGUUUACGUUUGCAGAUCUCCAGGGGAGCCCACUGGCGUGGCCAGCAUGGCCUCCGAAGACAUUGCCAAGCUGGCAGAGACGCUGGCCAAAACCCAGGUGGCUGGGGGACAGCUGAGUUUCAAGGGCAAGAGCCUCAAACUCAACACUGCGGAAGAUGCUAAAGACGUGAUUAAAGAGAUUGAAGACUUUGAUGGCUUAGAGGCUCUGCGCCUGGAGGGCAACACGGUGGGCGUGGAGGCUGCCAAGGUCAUCGCCAAAGCCUUGGAGAAGAAAUCAGAGUUGAAGCGAUGCCACUGGAGCGACAUGUUCACAGGGAGACUGAGGUCGGAGAUCCCGCCAGCCCUGAUCUCCCUUGGGGAGGGACUCGUCACGGCCGGGGCGCAGCUGGUGGAGCUGGACUUGAGCGACAACGCCUUCGGGCCUGAUGGCGUGCGCGGCUUUGAGGCCCUGCUCAAGAGCUCGGCCUGUUUCACGCUGCAUGAGCUCAAGCUCAACAACUGCGGUAUGGGCAUCGGCGGAGGCAAGAUCCUGGCAGCAGCUCUGACCGAGUGUCACCGCAAGUCCAGUGCCCAAGGCAAGCCGCUGGCCCUGAAGGUCUUCGUAGCUGGCAGGAACCGCCUGGAGAAUGACGGAGCCACUGCCUUGGCAGAAGCUUUUGGGAUCAUUGGGACUCUGGAGGAGGUCCACAUGCCGCAGAACGGGAUCAAUCACCCCGGUGUCAUGGCCCUGGCCCAGGCCUUCGCCAUCAACCCCUUGCUGCGGGUCAUCAACCUCAACGACAACACCUUCACUGAGAAGGGGGCUGUGGCCAUGGCUGAGACCCUGAAGACGUUGCGACAGGUGGAGGUGAUCAACUUCGGGGACUGCCUGGUGCGCUCCAAGGGCGCCGUGGCCAUUGCAGAUGCUGUCCGCGGGGGCCUGCCCAAGCUGAAGGAACUGAACUUGUCAUUCUGUGAAAUCAAGAGAGAUGCUGCUCUGGCCGUUGCUGAGGCCGUGGGGGACAAGGCCGAACUGGAGAAGCUGGACCUCAACGGCAACACCCUGGGAGAAGAAGGCUGUGAGCAGCUUCAGGAAGUUCUAGAUGGUUUCAACAUGGCCAAGGUGCUGGCAUCCCUCAGUGAUGAUGAGGGUGAGGAUGAUGAGGAUGAGGAAGAGGAGGAAGGAGAAGAGGAGGAAGAGGAGGAGGAGGAAGAAGACGAGGAGGAGGAGGAGGAAGAGGAAGAGGAGGAAGAAGAGCCACAACAGCAAGGGCAGGGAGAGGAAUCGACCACACCCUCAAGGAAGAUUCUGGACCCUAACAGUGGGGAACCAGCUCCCGUACUGUCCUCCCCGCCCCCCGCGGAUGUCUCCACCUUCCUCACUUUCCCCUCUCCAGAGAAGCUGCUGCGCCUGGGACCCAAGAGUUCCGUGUUGAUAGCCCAGCAGACCGACACAUCUGAUCCGGAGAAGGUGGUCUCUGCCUUCCUGAAGGUGUCUUCUGUGUUCAAGGAUGAAGCCACCGUGAGGACGGCUGUGCAGGAUGCAGUAGAUGCCUUGAUGAAGAAGGCCUUCAGCUCAUCCUCCUUCAAUUCCAACGCCUUCCUCACCAGGCUUCUCAUCCACAUGGGUCUGCUCAAGAGUGAAGACAAGAUCAAGGCCAUUGCCAACUUGUAUGGCCCCCUGAUGGCUCUGAACCACAUGGUGCAGCAGGACUACUUCCCCAAGGCCCUUGCUCCCCUGCUGCUUGCGUUCGUGACCAAGCCCAAUGGUGCGCUGGAAGCCUGCUCCUUUGCCCGCCACAACCUGCUGCAGACGCUGUACAAGGUCUAGAUGUGAAGCUGGUCUCUCCCAUCCCUCGGUCUGGACAGCGGCUUCGGCAAGGGGCUUGGACGAACUGAGCUGCAGCCCAGCCCCUUCCUCAGACAAGACUCUGGUCGGAGGCAGGGAGGGUCGUUAUCUCACGUGUCCUGUCAUCCCUGAGUGUGUGCUGUGUGGUUGCAUGGUGGUGUGUGGUGCCUGUCAGGCUUGGGUUCUUAAUGUCUCCCUGCUGGACUGGCUCUGGUCCCGCCUUAGGGGAGCUGCCGCCAGGGGCAAGGGGAAGCGCCUCAAGCUGCCUUGCCAUUAAACUCACCUCCAUCUGA